AUGGCUGCGUCCCCCAGCUCGGUCGGCGCAACCUCCGACAUGGAACCCCCAAGCUCCCCCGUCCAAGCCGAGAGCAAGUCGUUUGUGUCUCGGGCCGUGACCGAGGAUGACGACACGCAGAUGGCCGAUGCGACGCCCGACCCCGUCGAGAAGCCCGCCCGUGGCAAGGGAAAGGGGUCGCUGGCCAAAGAAGUGAGCGGCCAGCAGCAGAUUGGCAAGAUUCGACACCUGAAGAAGGAAGAUGGAGAGCCCCUUUGGCGAGAGGACAUCCAGUACGACUUUCUCAAGGCUGUCUUCGACAACGAAAUGGUCGUCUUUACCAACUCCUACGACGACAAGAUGGAGAAGCAAACAUUUGCUGACCUCUACAUCGAUACCAUGUCUCGCAGCACAAAGACUAGCAAGGUCCUUAGGGAUAAGCUGUUGAGCGACAGAGAAGCUGCCAAGGGCAUGGCCAUGGUCUGCCUUUUGGUCAACAUGGGCCGAAUGAACACCACCCUCAAUUUCUUCCCCGAGAUGCGAGCACAGCUCCGAACCUACCACGCCAUCCCCUCUCUCCAGGCCCAUCAAGACGCGCAUGCCUACAAGCAACUACAAGACGCACCCCGUCUCAAGUCCAUUCUCAAGGGUGGUGCUGAGGACCGCAAUGAGCCCAAUUCACUGGACAAGAUCAAGGGCGAAGAUGUUCCCCGCACAAACCCCGUCAAUCUCAUCUUCGUCAUGUGCAACACGGCCCAGAAGAUUGCCGAGCUACAUUUCCCUCGCCACCGCGAGUUCCAUGAUCUCAUCAUGAAGACGCAGUACUCCAGCAAGUCUCGAGCAAAUGCCUUCCUUUGGCUCAUGUGGUUCUACCUCGAGUCCGACUUCACCGAAGAGGGGUGUGAGGAGAACCCCUUUGGUCCGGGUGUAGACUACGGCCUCGACGUUGCGAACCAGGGCGUGCCUGCCCUGGAAGAGAUGACGGAGGAGGAAAAGGCCAAGGAGAAUGUGGACACUACUGAGGAGGUUGAAUUUGGCCGAGCCAAGCAGAAGACACGAGCCAAGAUUCUGGAGAUGGAUCAAGCGUAUCUCAAUGAGCGAGAGACGAAGCGCGGCAAGAUCCGCCCAUCCUUUGCUGAUGAGGGGCCCGCCAUUCUUCCUCGGAUUAGGCCUUCAAAGCAUGAGUCUGAUAUGGACAGCACCCGAUCUACCCCUCCCCCAAGAGCGCUUGGUCGAGGUCUAGGCUCUGCACGGAGAGGCGCUCCCCUCAAGUACCAAAUCUUUGAAGGCUCUUCGCCAGCACACCACGCAGGAGGUGAGGGCGUGGUCGCAAGAAAGCCUCGACCUCCAACCGCUCAUCAAUUGGCUGUUGAGCGAAACCGGAGCCAGAGAGUUGAGUAUAUUCUGGACCGUGGUCUCCGCAGGCAGCACCACAAGAGCCGAAAAGCUCGACGACAGGAUGGUGCCAUCUUCAGAGCAUACCGUCGACUUGAGGCUCAGACAGACCCCUUUGAGGACAGCGAUGAGGAGGGUGCCAUUCCGCAAAACCUCUCAUUCCUUGGUGACAAGGCCCCUGGGCUUUUCCGAGAGAGGGGACUUGGUGGGCUCUGCCUACUUACGAACGAAGACGAUGACUAUGGUGAGGAAGUUAGCUCAUACGCGUCUGCUUUGAGACGGACAACCCGACGCCUGUCCCGCUGGGGCGCCAGCUCCGUCGAGCUUGGUGUCGUCCCCCCGAUUAAGCGACCCAAGAAGAAGACGGAAGAGGACAAGGACGACGGUGCGGACCAAGAUGAUGAUGAGAAGACUAAUGGCCAACUCAAUGGCGAUGUCGAUGGCGAUGGCGAUAUGGAUGGCGACAUGACAGUCGGCGACAUGACGCUGGGCGACAUGACAGUCGGAGAUGUCACAAUGGGUGACAUGACAAUGGACGAUGCUGAGAUGGAGGACCAGACCAUGCUCCACGAUGACGAAGAUAGGGGAGACGAUGAUCUCGACGACCCCGACCGGACGGAGGUUAUGGGCGACUCUGACAUUGACUGA